AUGCCGCUCCAGCUCCGCACCUACUCGCGGCGCGGCGGGUACCUCCGCCUGCUGCCGCCUCCCGACCAGUGGGUUUCGCCGCCCGUGGACCGUAAACAGUGGUUCAGCUCUACCUCAGCCAGUUCCAGCACCGCCUCGGCCGGAUCCAGCGUCCUCUCGGCCGCCUCGGAGGACGCUGACUUCUCGCCGCCCAAAAAGCACCACCGCCAAGCGCUGGGUAAGCUCUCAGCCCGCUCCAUGCGCCUGCGGACCCGCCGCGGAGGCGGCACAACGCAGAAGGAAAACCGCCCGCCAGAGCCGGCGGACGCCUCCUGCCCCUCGCCGCUUCUCUUCUCCUCCCCGUGCCGCGCCGCCAACCGCCCCCAGAGGCCCUACGGGGCGCGGAGCCCCCUGCUGUGCAGCACCCCCCAGUGCUCGUCCGCGGUCCCCCGGUCCCGGUCCGCCAAGCUCGGGUCCCCGGUUCUCGGCACCACCGCGCAGAGCAGCUCGGCGCUGGAUGACAGCCUGGAGCUCUUCUCCCCGCUGUGCGAGCAGAGCCCCGCCUUGACCGGCAGCGCCCAGAGCUCGCUGGAGUCACCUCACGGAGACUCGGAGCAGCUGCCGCCACUGCCGAAGUCUGGCAACGUCAGGAAGCAGGAGGCUGGACCUGCCCAGCCAGAAAGCAAAGGUAGUCGCCCUAAGACAAGCCCUAAGGCAAUCCAAGACAAGGUGCAAAAAUCCGACAGGGUUCUGAGGUCAUCGGUGGAGGGGUGCUGCCAGUCACAAUCUUCCAUGUCCCCACAGGAAGGCACAAGCAAUGUUCAAGCAGAGCUAUCUCCCUCUCCCAUUACCAGGGGACCACGGUGCUCAGCUCGCAAUAAGAGUGCCACUUCUGAGGAACCCUGUGAGGAUCUAAAGAGAGAUCCAACUCCAGGAAGCUUCAGCUGUCAGAGAGGCCAAAUCAAUAACUUGCAUAUGCCAGUGGUGGUCUUGGACCCUCAAGAAGUGUCAGCGUGGCUGUCGAGCAUGAAGCUCCGCAAAAAGGCAGAUGUUCAAACUGCCUGCCAGCAGUCAGGAUCUCCUUUGGGCCUUCAAAGAAUCAUGGAGAAUAGCUAUGGAGGUACCAAAGCUGUUCCUGGAGCGGAAAGUACCUGCAGGAAAGCUUGCAUCAGUGGCUUCAGUGCCAAACGCUGGGGAAAGGGAAAAAUAAGGCCCUGGCCAAUAAGGAGGAAAAAUAAGACACUGCAGCAGCCUAAUAACUCCUUUUUCAGCUCACAAAUGAGGAAAAAAGGAAUGAAGAAGAACGCCCUGGAGUUGUCUGUAGAGAUGACUAACAAUGACAAUUCACUCCUCAAUAACUAUUACUCCUGGCACAGAAUUCGAGCAUCUUUGUCCUUCCACAAGAAGAAGAAAGUUAGCACAGAAGAGAUUUCCUACAACAGCAUCCCUGGUACCCCUGCUGUGAAAUCCCAGCUUGCAGACCACCAGGCAAACCUAUCUACUGGUACAGCUCAGUACUCAGUUUGGUCUGCUUCCUCCAUGUUACUGCUGGCUCCUACAAAUUACUGUUCUGACCUGGAGGUAACAGAUGCAGAGAAGGUAUUUGGGGAGUGCCACCAAGAGGGGCCUAUCACUUUUGAGGAAUGCAUUCCUUUAGAUAAAAUGAAAAAUUGCAAGAAAAUUGGAGAAGGGGUGUUUGGAGAGGUCUUCCAGAUAAAGAGUGAAAGAGGACCUGUGGCCUUAAAAAUAAUUCCCAUUGAGGGGACUGAAAGAGUAAACGGUGAAGCUCAAAAGAGCUUUGGAGAGAUUCUGCCUGAGAUAAUAAUUUCAAAAGAACUCAGUCUUUUGUCUGAGGAGUCUGUGAAUAGGACUUUUGGAUUCAUCAGCUUGUACUCUGUGCACUGUGUCCAAGGGGCUUAUCCUAAGUAUCUCCUGGAAGCCUGGGACAAAUACCACAAAGUAACAGGAUCAGAAAAUGAUCGGCCAGAUUUUUUUGGGGACAAGCAGCUCUUUAUGAUUCUGGAGUUUGAAUUUGGAGGCAGUGACUUGGAGCAUAUGAGAAAGAAUCUUAGUUCGGUGCUUACAGCAAAAAGUAUUUUGCACCAGGUCACUGCUUCCCUGGCUGUGGCAGAACAGGAGCUGCAGUUUGAGCACAGAGACUUGCACUGGGGGAACGUGCUGGUAAAGAAGACGGAUGCCAAAGAGCUCAGUUAUGUGCUGAAUGGGACAACGUGCACGAUCCCCACAGCAGGGGUCCACAUCAACAUCAUAGAUUAUACCUUAUCCCGGCUGGAGAAGGAUGGGCUAACUGUGUUUUGUGACCUUUCCACUGAAGAAGAACUGUUUCAAGGCACAGGGGACUACCAGUUUGAUAUCUACAGGCAAAUGAAAGCAGAAAACUCCAACUGCUGGACUGACUAUCACCCACACAGCAAUGUCCUCUGGCUGCACUACUUGUCAGGCAAACUUUUGAAAGACGUGUCCUAUAAGAAAGUCAAAUUAACUCUUCCCAUGAAGAGAUUAAAGCAGAAGCUCCUUCAGUUCCACAGAGAACUCCUGACCUUUAAGUCUGCCAAUGAUGUUUUACAGAACAGCAGCUUCUUCCAGUGA